AUGAAAGGCAUAAUUCGCAUUUCGUUUUGCUUCCUCACCCUGCUGAUACUUACGUGUGAGUACAAUUUGGCAAGCGGAAAGGUUACGAGUCACCCAGUUAGCAGUUUGACAGUCGGUUCAGUAGAUAACGACUGGGUGAGGGGUGAGAAGGGAAGCGAAGAAUACAAAGCGAAGAAUUAUGAUGUGGAGGUGAAAGGGGACAGCUCCAGAGAGGGUGGGUUGGACACCCAUGUGGGGGGCGACGAAACGGAGGAGGGUCCCUCGGAUGAGCGGGGUGACACCGACGUUGUGGAGAAUGAGCAGCAGGAAGAAGAAGAAGAAAGGGUUAACUCUGAGGAUGUAGCGGCCUCGGGGGGAGAUGAAGAGGUGGACGGAGAGGAAGUGGACGAUGAGGAAGUGGACGGAGAGGAAGUGGACGGUGAAGAGGUAGACGGUGAGGAAGUGGACGGAGAGGAAAUAGACACCGACGUGAUGUACACAUACGUGGCGGACGACGACGUGGUGGACACUGAAGAGGUAGCCCACGAGCAGAUCGCUUACGAACAGGAGGACGAUGACGCGGGGGAGGAGCCAAAUUCGGACGAACCGCACGAGGAAGAAAGCGCGGGGAGCAGCAAACCUUACCAUCACAGAAAAGAUGAGACAAAUGAAGAGGCACAGAGAAAUGACGAAGCGGAUGGAGUACAAAUGGAGACACCUAAACCGCGUGGCAGAGACCAAGGGGGGCAGAACAAUGCCACGCCUAUGGGUGCAAACCAUUUGGAAGAGGCAAACGAGGAGGGCGAAGAAGUAGGCAACAUGGACGAUGAGGAAGAAGAGAAGGAAGAAGCAGAAGGAUCAGUUCCAACGAGUGAUGCCAAGGCACACCAUCUGCUCGUUGGAGAUUAUAAAAAAACGAAUGAUGUUAAGAAGGCAGCCGGUGCUUUAGUCGAAACGAUGAUUAGCAUGUUGGAUGAAAGGGGAGAGGAUGAUGAGGUAAGAAUGCUGGCCCAAGAUUUGGCUGACUUUUUCUCCACCGAUUUGAACACCCAAAAGGGGGACUCUGCAUGA